AAAUUCCUAAUCUCUCUUUGAAAAUGUUCAAUUUGUACAUUAUGGAACGAAAUAACAAGAAAAAGAAGGAAAAAGAGAAGUACUCUCUUAACCUCCGCCAAAUCCAAAAGAGAGAUCUUCUCGCCAACAGAUACAGAAAUCGAGUGCUUGAUUUUAUGGAGAAAAUGGCUAAGAAGCCUAAGGUCGUUAACCAGCCAACCAGGGAGAUUCCAGAGUCUUCAUACACAAAUAUUGACACUAACAAAUAAGAAACAUAAGAGAACUUUCACCAGUGUAGACUACACAGAUUUUAUAACAGAACCAGGCGACUGUAACGCUUUUAACCUGAGGCCCAGAGAGAAAUCCAAGGAAAUAGCAGGCGAUUUUAACACUAAUUUCAGCAGAAAAAACUCACUCCAAAGAGUGUAUGACCAAGCUAAAGAAAAUUCAAUGAAGGCUAAUUUUGAGAACUUUUCAGAAGUGAAUUCUAAGAAACUGAGGUCUGGCAGAGAUAUCCUUCCUGAAUUACAUGACAAAACUCAUUUUAAAGGAGCUACUACACUAAUUACUUAUGACAAAGAGAUACAGGAUAUAAAGGAGAACCCUCGACUUAGGUCAAGGUUUGAAUCUCUUAAGAAAUCAGUGUCAGGCUCUCCUUCUUAUAAGAUGCAUGCCAGAAGUAUAGACAUGAGAAGGGAUAAAAUGAACUCUUUGAAUUUUUAUGAAAACAACUCCAGCAUUACAAUUGAAGCAAAGCCUAGCAGUGUAAUGAAAAAGGUUGGAUUUAAUUCUAAAGACCAGGAAUCAACCAAUUCUAGAUCUCAAUUGAAAGAUCUGAAUAUAAACAUCUCGAAGUCUGAUAUCUCUGAUUAUGGACUUCAAAGAGGAGGAGUCACUUCUUCAAAUACAAUUCAGAGAGCAAAUCUCCCUCUUUCAAAAGCUUCAUUACAUCAUAAGGUUUUCAAGAAACAUCCUAGUGAGAUAUUUAACAGAGAGAGGCAGCCUAGUAGGGUCAGUAAAGUCAGCGUCUCCAGAAAACUUCUCGACUCAAGUCUUGAAGAGAACGACACAAACGACGGCCUCGAUAUCCCAUCCAUCACCAAACACGUCCUUGCCCAAUGAGGUAUCGUCAGAUGUCUCCCUUAGACCCACCAUAUAAAAUAUUUUUAUUCAUUCACUAAAUCCCAACC